UAGCGCAUAUCCUAUUUGGUCCACUUUCAGUCAAACUCAUUUGCAGAGACAGUUCUGGCGAAGAAGAUCCAUUGUGCCCUAGUUCUUAGUUUCUCUGAUCCCAAUCACUAAUCACCAUGGCUGGACCAUCGUGGCUGGUUGACAGCAACAGAAUCGCAACAAAGAUUAGAAGUGCCUCUGGUGCAUGUAAUCCUGAACAUAUCACUUGGAAAAGCAACCCCACAAAAGCAUGCCCAAAUUGCCACCAUAUUGUUGACAAUAGUGAUGUGAAUCAAGCAUGGCCAGGGUUGCCUCGUGGUGUAAAGUUUGAUCCAUUGGAUCAAGAAAUUAUUUGGCAUUUACUUGCUAAAAGUGGUGUAAGCGGAUUCGCACCUCACCCUUUCAUUGAUGAAUUUAUUCCAACAGUUGAUGAGGAGGAUGGAAUCUGUUACACCCAUCCUCAAAAGUUGCCAGGAGUCCAACUAGAUGGAAGUGUAUCUCACUUCUUCCACAGAGCAAUUAAAGCAUAUAAUACUGGAACUAGGAAGCGUCGUAAGAUACAUGGUGAUGAUUUUGGAGAUUUCCGUUGGCAUAAAACGGGAAGAACAAAACCUGUUGUUCUGGAUGGGGUUCAAAGGGGAUGCAAGAAAAUUAUGGUUCUUUAUGUUAGCCCUGCAAAAGGUGCAAAAGCAGAGAAAACUAAUUGGGUAAUGCACCAAUAUCAUUUGGGUACUGGGGAAGAUGAGCAGGAAGGCGAGUAUGUGAUCUCAAAAGUCUUCUAUCAACAACAAUCACAGUCAAAACCUAAUGGAAAAGAUGAGGAAUUUUUACUUGAAGAAAUCAACAAUCCGAUUGUAAAAGUUGAUCCUGUGACCCCGAAGUCUGUGACCCCUGAACCCCCGCGUGCUGAAAGGCGAAUUCCAGAUAUGGGUCUUGAACAAGAACUCAUUGAUAAUUCUGCAAAUCUUGAAAAACAUGAGAUGGAGCCUGUUUACCAUGCCGACUUCGAGACCCCUUGUGGGAAUCUUGGUGAUCAUGAAGAUCACCUUCCAGAAGAAUAUAAUGCUCUUGAGCAGGGUAACAUCAAUAGUCAGGGUGGGGAAGAACCAAAAUGGUGGGACAAUGAGUCACAAUAUCUAUUAGAUUCACAACAACUCGUGGAAGGACUAUCUUUGUGUGAUGAGUUUCUACAGAGCCAAUCUCCUCAAAGAGACGUUGAUAACAAUGAUUCAAAGAGUAAACCUCGCCUUGCAGAUUAUGCUCAUCUAGGACCAGAAAAUUUAAAGAAGGAUUUAGAGGCCUGUCGUGACUUGGUUCUCGAUCCUGCUAAUUUGGAACUUGAUACUCCACCUGAUUUCCGGCUAAGCCAGCUUGAAUUUGAAUCGCAGGAAAGUUUUCUUGCCUGGGGAGGCGGCAAGUGAUGUUUUUUCUUUUCUUUUUGUUGGCUUACAUCUUCAUUUCAUCCAAAGAUGCUGAUGUUUUAACUUUUAAUGUUGUAGAAUUUUGUGAAACUAUUAUUGUAUGGCUCUUGAAACCAAAUUUGGAUGAUUAGAGAUGGUACUUCUAAUAUUUUUGAACUGUUUAUAUGACAAGUGUUGGCGUUUGUUUA